UCUCAGUCUCGGAGGUCGGUGGCGCCGCGCAGGUGAACAAUGUCUGAGCUGAGGGUGGUUCUGCUGGGGAACAGCUGGUCUGAGAGGAGUUCUGUCGCCAACUUCAUCCUGGGAGAAACCCAGUUCAACGCCGAGGAUGAGCCAGAUCGGUGUGUGAGAGUCAGAGGACAGUCGGAGGACAGAGAACUAGUUCUCAUCAACACUCCAGACCUGCUGGGUCUCCACAUCUCUCAACACAAGCUUACAGAGGUUAUAGAAGACUGUGUGAGGCUCUCUGCUCCUGGACCUCAUGUGUUCCUGCUGGUUCUGGAUGCUGAAGGUUUCACGGAGGAGCACAAGGGGAAGCUCUGCAGGGUCCUGCAGCUCUUCAGUGAUCUCAGAGAUCAGUCAUUUGAUCAUUCACUGGUUCUGGUGUCCACACCUGGAGCACAGAGCUCCGGUUUCAUGGAAAAGUGUCUGGAGAGGGUUCACCUGAGAGAGAUCAUCAGAUGCCGACACAUGUGGAAGAACAAUCUCCAACGCUCAGAACUGUUGACUAUGUUGACUCAAACCAUCCAGGACCACACCGGAGAACAUCUGAGCUGUGAUGUCUUCAAGGAAAAGGAUGGCAGUUUGACCAUGAAACCCAAGUCUGAACACAGAGGACCCUCUUUAAACCUGGUUCUGUGUGGGAAGAGAGGAGCAGGGAAAACCUCGGCAGCCAAGGCCAUUUUAGGUUGGAGAGACCUUCGUUCAGUGUCCAACUCACCAGUGUGUGUCCAGAAUCAAGGGGAGGUGUGUGGACGUCGGGUUUCCCUGGUGGAGCUGCCUGCCUUGGGUGGAAAACCUCCAGAGGAAGUGAUGGAGGAAUCAUUCAAGUGUGUCUCCCUCUGUGAACCUGAGGGCGUCCACGCCUUCGUCCUGGUCCUACCUGUGGCUCCACUCACCGAUGAGGACAAGAGGGAGCUGCAGACCAUCCAGAACACGUUCAGCUCUCUAGUCAAUGACUUCACCAUGAUUCUGCUCACCGUGGACUCAGAUCCUACCCAUCCAGAUGUUGUUAACUUUGUGGCGGACAAUCCGGACAUCUGGGAGCUCCGUCAGGGCUGUGGGGGGAGGGUCAUGGUCCUCAACAUCAAGGACAAGCAGCAGUUCCCACAGCUGCUGGAUGCCGUGGGUCGCAUCAGAUCUGAAGAGCCCAGAUGUUUUACCAAGGACAUGUUCACCAAGGUUCUCAUGAAGAGGGUUGUAGAGCAAGAAAAGUUCCAAAGUGAAGUGAACACCCUGAAACCUGUUGUCUCGGUUGGUUAACGUUUCAUCCUGACGAUUACAGCGUCUG